UCAGCUUAAAACAAUCUAGAGAGAAUUAAAAAAAUGAAAAACAUUACAAUAUUAUUCUUUCUAGUUGUUUUAGCUCUUUGCAUGAUUGACAAUGCAUACUCAAAAAACCCGUUCAAAGGGAAACUGACGACGUUGUAUUUCAGGAACGACCUUUCACACAACAAAUGGCUAAAGGUGCGUUGUAAAUCUGGAGACAAGGACGUUCAUGAAAAAUAUAUGGGUCCUGUACACGAUUGGUCGUUUAGUUUCCACGAUAAGUUUCUGGGGGGAACACUUUACUGGUGUACGUUGUCUAAAGGACCUGAUUACAAGGUACACAGGACCUUCGAUGCCUAUGUUCAAGACAAUAGAAAGCCUCACGGAACCUACUACAGUUACAUUGCUCGAGAGGAUGGGAUCUAUCACAUUACUAUGGUUUAUGGUGUACGCAAGGUGCUUGAUUGGUAGCUAGGGAUCCAUGCUAUUAUAUCAUCUUCUAAUUAUCUUGUUGUCCAGUAUUUCAUAUAUAAAGCUUGUUCAAAUCACUGAUUUGAUAAUAGUUGUAAUUAAGAAACUUAUUAUUCACUUCAUGUAAGA